AUGACUACCACAAAAAGGAGUGAAAGUAUAAAUUCAUUUUUUGAUGGUUAUGUGCACUCGUCAACCUCUUUGAAGGAAUUUACAGAUCAAUACGAUAACGCUUUGCGAAAGAGGGUUGAGAGUGAGAAUGUUGUUGAUUUCAAUUAUUUUAAUUCCACGAUUCAGUGUGUGAGCAGAUUUUCCUUUGAGAAGCAAUUUCAAGAACUUUACACGCAUAACAAGUUUAAAGAAGUUCAGGAAGAGAUAAGGGAGUUGAUGUAUUGUGAUUGCUCUCUUCUAAAAAGUGAAUGUGGAAUUUGUGCAUAUAAAGUGAUUGAACGGGUACAAAUUAAUAGCUCCUACAUGAAGAAAUUAUGCUUUACCGUUUACUAUAGUGAACCUUCAUGUGAAGUGAAUUGCAGUUGUUGUUUGUUUGAAUCAAGAGGAAUUUUGUGCAGGCAUGUCAUAUCUGUACUUAGCAAACUUGAUGAUGUUUUGUUGUUGCCAGAAAAAUAUUUUUUAAAACGAUGGAGGAAGGAUUUGAAGCAGCCAUAUAAGUUAAUCAAAAGUAGUUAUGAUCCUUUGAGUGGCAACCCUAGUGCAUAUCAAUAUGCUGAAUUGUGCAAAUAUAUGUGUGCGUUAGCUGCAAUCGCAGCACCAAACGUGGACCAUUACACGGAAUUGAAGAAUGAUAUUGAUGUGCUAACUAAGAAAUUUAGUGAUCUAAGUUGUGUACCAAGUCCACCUUUCCAAUUACUCCCAAGUGCAUCUACAACCGGUAGUUUGGCCAUUGAUUGUACGGCGGUGGAGAUUCGUAGUCCUCACGUGGCUCGAACUAAAGGGAAGCGAGUAUCAAAUAGGACGAUGUCUGCAGUUGAAAAAGCGGUUGUCAAAAAGGCAGGAGGAAACAAGAAGAAACAGAGUGACACAAAUCCCAAUCAACAGGUGAAAAAAAGAAAGAGGUAUUCAUUGUACUUGAGCUAUUUUUGGUUUUAUGUCUAUGCAUAG